AUGAGCACGGACGAGAUGGGCAAGAAGGCGGACCUGGGCCCCGCGUUCCAGCGCGUGCUGCCCGAGGCGCAGACCGUCGCGGCCACGGGCCAAGUGGCGCGCGCGUGUGAGCUGCUGCUGGCGCUGGAGAAACAGGCGCGUCUGGCGAACGACGUGGCGACGCUGAACGAGACGGUGGGAGCGCUCGUAGCGCUCUGUGCGCAGCACCAGCGCUGGGACCUCCUCGAGGACCACGUGACGCUGCUGUCGAAGCGCCGCGCGCAGAAGUCCAGCGCGAUCACGGUCCUGGUGCAGCGUACCAUGUCGUACCUGGCCGAAGCGCCGUCCGAAGCAGUCACAAUGGCGCUCAUCCACGCGCUGCGGACGGUCGCUGAGGGCAAAAUCUUCUUGGAAAAGGAGCGCGCGACGCUGACGCAGAUGCUGUCGAGGAUGAAAGAGGCGCAGGGCGACGUGGAAGCGGCCGCGACGAUUUUGCAGGAGGUGCACGUCGAGACGUACGGCGCCAUGACGAAGCUCGAGAAGACGGAGUUUAUAUUGGAGCAAGUGCGGCUCACGCUGGCCAAGAAGGACUAUGUGCGCGCGAACAUUUUGGCCAAGAAGAUCUUGCGCCGGACGCUGGAGGAAACGGGCUUUGAAGCGUGCAAGCUCAAGUUUUACCACUUGAUGAUCGAGUACGACACGCACGAGAACAAUACGCUCGAGCUCUGUCGUCACUGGAUGGCCAUUUUCAACACGGACGGGGUCAAAGACAAAGACGACUUGUGGCAACAGGCGCUCGAGCACGCGACGAUUUUUGUCGUGCUGUCGGCGUACUCGAACUUGCAGAACGACUUGCUGCACAAGUUGGCCAGCGAGAAACGGACGGAGAAGCUCCCUGCUGCUUUUGCGGCCAUGCUCAAGAAGUUCACGACCCGAGAGAUCAUUGGCUUCCCCAUGGAACAAGACCAUGUGCUGAAGGAACACCCGAUUUUCAAGCACGGCGAACGCGGGGCCGAGUGGUGGAAGACCUUGCACACUCGUGUCGUCGAGUACAACAUCCGCGUGGUCGCAGAGCACUUUGACCGUAUUCGUCUGCCCCACUUGGCCAACAUGAUUGGACUCACGGAAGACUUGACGGAAAGCAGCAUUUCGACCCUCGUGAGCAGCGGAUCCGUUUAUGCCAAGAUUGACCGUCCUGCGAAGCUGGUCUCGUUCCACAGACCGCUGUCGCCGGAAGAGCAGCUUUCCAACUGGUCGGCGGACAUCACCCAGCUGCUCCGCCUGGUCGAGACUACAUGCCACUUGGUCAACAAGGAGAACAUGAUCCACAAGAUUUGA